AUUUUGUGAAAAGAGAUUGAGUCAGUGAGUUUUUGAUCAUUACGCAUAACAGACAUGCCUCGCUAACGCGCAAGAAAACGUUGCGCAGACAAUAGCGAGAGUAGUGAAGAGGAAGAGGGGCAUCCUGAGCACUCUUCGACAUAUUCAACACCUUUUAGUUUGAACUUCUUCCGGCAACUCAACCAAAACAAAGACCAACCCCCAAAAGCGUUCAUAUUGAUUAGAACACUAUACGCGUAUAAUACGUUGUGACAAAAAUGACUUCUAAAAUCAGUACUAACGGAACGCAAAGAUUACCGGAGCCUGUUUCCGAACAUGAAGCAGUUCCGCCUCCCCCACCUACGGCGGCGGGCAGACCCAGACCCCCGACUUCGCAGCUUUUUUCACGCGGCAAUCUGGCAAGCAGUAGGGCAACCGGAGGCGAAAAAUCAGGUCUUGCAAGACCAUCAACAGCAGUCCGGGCUGUGGGCUACGCUGCUAAUUACGGGUCUGCUCAUCAAAGGUUCGAACAAUUUUUCCUGGAGAAGGCAAAGCAACAAACGCUCUCGUCAAGAGUCGCUGUGGAUGCCAUGAAAGAUGUAAACCCACAAAUGAAAUAUAAAAAUCUGGAGGAAAAAAUUGUGAAGCUCUUGGAGUCAUCUAUAGUUUUGGCCUGGCAAAGCUCAUCCAAUAAAUUAUUGAACGUGGAUGCAAAAUUGUCCGAGGCAUUAAAUAAAGCCAAAGAAGCAUUCUCAUUGGAUAGAACAUUACACCAAUUUCGAGACCAGCACGGUGAAAAUGUUUACCACAACUUCGAUUUGACAUAUGCGGUUUUUUUUAAUCUCGCGGAGCAAUACGAACGUAGUGAGAUGCACAUCGAAGCCCUCAAUACCUACAGCAUUAUGGCCAAAAACAAGAUGUUUCCACACGUCAAUCAGCUAAAACUAAAUAUGGGUAACAUAUACUACAGCAUGGGUAUUUACCAAAAGGCGGUUAAAAUGUACCGCAUGGCCCUUGAUUCUGUACCAAAGAGCUUAAGUCAGUUAAGGCUAAAGAUCCGUGAAAACAUUGGAGUCCUUUUUAUUCGCAUGGGCUCUUAUUUAGAUGCUGCUUCUAGCUUUGAGUUCAUCAUGACGGAGCGGGCAAACAUUAGAAGUAGCAUUCACCUCUUACUCUGCUACUACGCCUUGGGCGAUGUGGAGAAGGUAAAGUUGGCCUUUCGGAGACUUUGCGAUGUCCAAACCGAAGCAAUAGAAUCGGAUACGGAGAGUGAGACAAAUAUCAUUAAACUUCAACAGCAGGCUGAGCCAAUUCAACAAAUUGGAGAAACCGACGUGCACCAGUCUUUAGACAACGGACAAGUCCCGGGCUCGGUUAUUAGGACAGAAGGUGGCGGUAAACUGAACGAGACCGUGAAGUUUGCAUCCACAAUGAAACAUCGUUAUGUUGUCCAAGCACUUAAGAAAGACGAGUUGGCCAUAUAUAGAAAUGAACGUCGUAAUGCCAUUAAACGAUCUAUUACAAUGAUUGUAGACUUAAUAUCACCUUUCAUCGAAGAUAAUUACAACGAUGGGUAUAAUUGGUGCAUUGAGAUCAUCAAAACUUCAAAUCUUGCAUGGUUGGCCAACGAACUUGAACUCAACAAAGCCUUAGUAUAUCUCCGACAAAAUGACGUUCAUCAAGCAAUUGAGACGUUACAAAUUUACGAUCGUAAGAGUGAGGGAUCCAUGACCGCCAGCGCUCUGACCAACCUGAGUUUUAUUUAUAUUAGUUUAGGCAACCUAGAAAUGGCCUCCCAUUGCGUUAACCAGUUACAAGAAAUCGGAUCGCUAAAAAACAAUGCGUUAGGUUUGAUCAACGCCGGCAUAGUGGAAUUGGGCUCGCACAACCUAAUACUAGCAAGCGAACGGUUUGAGAGAGCUCUGCAACUACAGCCGAUGAACUUUGAAGCCAGGUACAAUCUUGGCCUAGUGGCAUUGGCGCAGAAUGAUUAUGAACUAGCCGAGGAACGUUUUGAGUUGCUAAAGGAACAACUUAUGAUGCCCAGCUCAGUUCAGCACAGUCAUGUAUUUUAUCAGCUUGCCAAGCUGCAGGAGCGCAGGUUGGAAAGCGGAUUCAAAUCUAAUUUUACGCCAGGAGCGGCUCUUCAGGCCUACCUUCAGCUAGUUGGCAUUUCUGCCUCUGACAUCGAUUCAAAGCUGUUUGAAAAGGUCGGCUCGCUUUACGAGCUGAUGCAAGACCAUCAAGAAGCAAAUCAGUACUAUAACGAGGCGUACCGCAUAAACAUGAGCGACAUCGCAAUCGCAAGCUCAAUCGGUUCAUAUUACAUCAAGCUUCAGGCCACGGAACGGGCACUUUAUUACUAUGAAAGAGCGGUCUUAGCCGAUCCUAAUGAUCCCAACCUAAUGUUACGUAUUGCCAGCUGCUUUCGCAACUCAUAUCUCCCUCCGAAACAAUACCUGGGCCUUUUUCAAAAGAUACACGCAGGAUUUCCAGACAACCUAACUUGCAUACGGGCUCUUAUGCAAGUUACUAAGUCACUGGAAUUAGGGGACCUGCAUGAGAGGUAUGCAUCGGAAUAUAUCCGUCUGCAAAGCCAGCAGAAGGAACAUCAGAGCGAGCAUCGAAACCAGCAUCAGCGAUUCCCUUCAGCGGCUAGGUUUAGCAACCGCUUGCCAUCUAUCAGACAGUCAAAUGAAGAACACUUGAAAGGUGGUGAGCAUAUUAAUAGCGUAGCUCCUACCCACAGCCCCUACACGUCCAAUAAAGUUGUGGCACACCGCUGCGUAUUUUGUAUCCUAUUAUACUUUAUAUCAUUACAGUUCUGCAGUUUGAUCCUUUGGGACCUCCCGCCGAACGUCCCAAAACUGGACGACCACUACAAAGCACAGACGAUGUUGAUGACGACGCGGAAAUGAAUGCCGAAAUCUUAUUGCCUAUUUGAAGAAAUCCUAUUAUAUUUUUAGAUAAGUCUGCAAUUGGUGCAAUACUACACGAAAACAAUAUAUAUUUUUACUUUUCCAAUAUGCAUAUACAUAAGUUAAUCGUUUACAUUUUGGAUAAUUCGAUUUUAGGUUUAACGUUGUUUGAUAAUCGUAAACUGAUAAAAUGAAAAAAUUUCUGAAUAAACAAAAAAAUGCUAUGGCCGAGUACCCCGACUAGCAGAUACCCGUUAAUAAUAAAUAACAUAUACUAAAUUACUAAAUAACAAAUACUACUACAGAUAGCGUAUGCCAAUGUAUUUUGUCUAAAAGGGAACUAUAUUCUUUUUACGAUAAUAAAACAAAAGAGAAUGCUGUAGUCGACUUCCUCGACAAUUAGAUACCCGUUACUCAGCUAGUAGAAAUGCGAAAUUUCAACAUUUUCUGGGUUAUCGAUAGAUACUCGUGAAUAAAAUAAGAAAACAUUUAAAAUUAAA